UUAUAUAUAAGUCCAUAGCAUGCAUUAACCUUAUAUACAAGUCCUGUAAAGUUGGGAUCUAAGAAAAGAACAAUCUCUCAAUUUUCUUUAGAAAUACUUUUUCAUUUCAUUGCUCAUCAAUGGCUCUUCAAUGGCUGAGCCUGGUAGGUGCCAUAUGGUUGCAAUCUAUAAAUGGAACAAACUCAAAUUUUCCUGCUUAUUCGUCCGAGCUGAAGCGCUUUCUCUCCAUAUCACAGCCUCAGCUCAAUAAUCUGGCUGCAGCCUCCGAUGCUGGGAAAGUGCUUGGGUGGAUUUCCGGCACAGCCGCUGCCCAUUUGCCUCUUUGGUCAGUGCUCCUAAUUGGUGCAACUCUCGGCCUAAUUGGUUAUGGAAUACAGUAUCUUUUCCUCGCAAAUCAAAUCUCAUCUCUUUCUUACUGGCAAGUUUUUCUGCUAACUGUUUUAGCAGGGAACAGCAUUUGUUGGAUCAACACAGUUUGUUACAUAGUUUCGAUAAAGAAUUUUCCCCUUGAUAGACAGAUUGCUACAGGUUUAUCCAGUAGUUAUAUAGGUUUUAGUGCAAAGAUUUAUACAGAUAUAGUGGAUGUUGUAGCUCCAAAUUCACCUUCAGAAAGAGCCAAACUGUUUCUUCUUUUGAAUUCUGUUUUACCCUUAGGUGUCUGUAUUCUAGCAGCUCCACUGGCUAGAGAUCUAAAUGUUGGAAAAUCAAGGAAAUUAGCAGGAGGGUUUAUUUUUAUGUUUGCAGUAACAGUAUUUACAGGAAUCUAUGCUGUGAUCACCAGUUUAAGGUCUUCCACUUUAAGAUUCUUACAUCCUUUAACAAUUCUUGUUGGCGUCGGCGUAUUCUUAAUCCUGCCUCUUGUCGUUCCUUUGUUUGAAAAGAUUAGAGAAACCCUGCAGCAAAAAUGUCUGAUAAGAGUACAUGACGAAGGUGCUUCUGCUACAUCAACGGAAAAUGGGGAGAAAUUGGAAGAAGGAGAGAGUAAUUUAAGCAAUUUUUGUGAAGAAAGUAUAGAAGAAAUUGGAGUGAAGUUGAUGAUAAGGAAAGUGGAAUUUUGGUUAUAUUUUUUUGCUUAUUUGUUUGGUGCAACUGUUGGUUUAGUUUAUCUAAAUAACCUGGGACAGAUUGCCGAGUCCCGGGGGUGUUUGGCGGCGACCUCUCUCGUCUCCUUGUCUUCAGCAUUCAGCUUCUUUGGCCGUCUCAUUCCAGCGUUUCACGAUUACUUUUUCUCAAAAAGCAAAUAUAUGAUAUCUAGACCAGCAGCCAUGGCAUGCAUGACAAUACCAAUGUGUGGAGCUCUGUUUUUACUUAUUAACAAGCAGCACAUGUGGCUCUACAUUAGUACAGCCAUUAUAGGCAUUUGUACUGGAGCAAUUACUACAAUUUCUGUCUCCACAACUGCCCAACUAUUUGGCACCAAAAAUUUUGGAGUAAAUCACAACAUUUUGGUUUCCAACAUACCAAUAGGCUCUUUCCUUUUUGGUGACUUUGCAGCCCUACUUUACAAUAGAGAGAAGCUUACAGGACAAGAAAAUUGCAUUGGCCACAAGUGCUAUCAAACCACUUUCAUUAUCUGGGGAUUUUUCUGUUUUCUUGGAGCUUUUCUUUGUUUUAUCCUCCAUUCUCGAACGAAGAAGGCUGUAAUAACUUAGAAAGUCCUAAAUUAGUAUACUCUAAACAUGUCUUCGGUACAGUAUCGUAGCCCGAGAAAGACAAGACUGAAUAGAAAUGCAUUCAAUGUACAUGAAUGAAAUGUAAAUGAAAAGUUCAUUAAUGCAAUGAAUGACUAGUAUACAAUUAUGUGCCA